GGCGGCCUGGGCAUCAUGGCCACACACGGGAAGCUGCGGAGGGUGCCGGGGCCACAGGCCGAGUAUGAGGCGCAAGUCAAAGAGAUGCGCUGGCAGCUGAGCAAGCAGUUGCGUUGCCUGGAGCUGCAGGGCAACAUCCAGAGGGAGCUGCUGCAGGAGCUGGCCAAGUACAUGCGGCGCCUCACCGAGGUGGAGCUGGAGUACUCCCGGGGCCUGGAGAAGCUGGCCGAAUGCUUCUCCGGCCGGGGAGGCCAUCUCGGUGGCAGCAGCCGGGAGCACCAAAGCUUCUGGAAGGAGCCAUCCCUCCUGUCACCCUUGCACUGCUGGGCCGUGUUGCUGCAGCAGACGUGGCAGCAGAGCCAGGAGAGCGCUGUGCUUAGCGAGGUGCUGGUCGGGCCCCUGGCCCAGCGCCUGAGCCACAUCGUGGAGGACGUGGGACGCAUAGUCAGGAAGAGCAAGGAUUUGGAGCAGCAGCUACAGGAGGAGCUGCUGAAGGUGGUGUCAGAGCUUCAGACGGUGAGAAUGGGCACCCUGCUCUGGUUGGUGGGCUGGCAUCGGGCCUCCCUGCAGGCCAAGAAGACGUACCAGGCGUACCACACUGAGAGCGUGAACACCGAAGCCAAGCUCCGGGAAGCCUAGCAGCAGGAGGAGAAGCGGACAGGCUGGAGCGCCGCCGCCAACCCCCCCCCCCGAGGGGGGGCCCUGCGCAAAAGCUCCCUCAAGAAGGGAAGGUGGCUGGUGGAGAAGAUGGGUCGCCAGGCCAAAUUCUUGGAGCACAGACUCAAGUGCACGAAGGCGCGCAACGAGUAUCUGCUCAGCCUCGCCAGCGUCAACGCCACUGUCAGAAACUACUAUUUGCAGGACGUCUUGGACCUCAUGGACUGCUGCGACACAGGGUUCCACCUGGCUCUGGGGCAGGUGCUCCGGAGCUACGCGGCAGCCAAGAGCUGCACCCAGGCCUCCCAGAUGCAGGGCCUGGGCAGCCUGGAAGAGGCUCUGGAUGGCCUCAACCCCCCCAGGGACAAGGCCAAGGUGCUGGAGCUGCACACAGCUGCGUUCUGUCCCCCGCUGCGUUUCGACUACCAGCCCCAAGACGGGGACGAGGUGACUGAGAUCCAGGUUGAGAUGGAGCUGAGGGACGAGAUUCUGCCCAGAGCCCAGAACAUCCAGAGCCGCCUAGACCGGCAGACGAUUGAGACAGAGGAGGUGAACAAGAUGCUAAAGGCCACCCUGCAGGCCCUGCUGGAGCUGGUGGCAUCGGACGAUGGCAAUGUGCUCGAUUCCUUCCAGGUCAGCCACUCCACCAAGUCCCUCAAGUCCACCAGCUCGGACCCGGGGGUGCGGCAGGCUGGCGAGAAGCGCGGCCAGCACCAGGAGACUGAGACCUUCUACAUCACGAAGCUACAGGAGUAUCUGAGCUGAUGGAGCAUCCUGGCCAAGCUGGAAGCCAAGCACGAGCGGCUGCAGGAGGCCAUACAACGAGGAGACAAGGAGAACCAUGAGGUGUCCCGGUGGACCCAGUACACGCGGAGAAGAUUCCAGAGGAGCCGCCAGCCCCGCCCCAGCUCGCAGUACAACCAGAAGCUCUUUGGGGGAGACAUGGAGAAGUUUAUCCAGAGCUCUGACCAGCCUGUGCCCCUGGUGGUGGAGAGCUGUGUCCGCUUCAUUAACCUCCAUGGACUCCAGCACGAAGGCAUCUUUCGGGUGUCGGGGGCCCAGCUCCGGGUCUCGGAGAUGCGGGACGCCUUUGAGAGAGGGGAGGACCCGCUGGUGGAAGGCUGCGGCGCCCACGAUCUGGACUCAGUGGCCAGUGUGCUGAAGCUCUACUUCCGGAGCCUGGAGCCGCCGCUCUGCCCCCCGGGUCUGUUUGCCGAGCUGCUGACCUCUGCAGCUGGCCCAGAGCUGGAGGCCGGGCCGGAGCGGGCCGAGCUCGUGAGCCGCCUUCUGGCCCGGCUGCCUAGGCUGGUGCUCGUGGUCCUGUGCUACCUUUUCACCUUCUUCAACCACCUGGCCCAGUACAGCGACAAGAACAUGAUGGACCCCCACAACCUGGCCGUGUGCUUCGGGCCAACGCUGCUGCCCGUGCCUGCUGGACAGGACCCCGUGGCCUUGCAGGGCCGGGUGAACCAGCUGGUACAGAUGCUCAUUGUGCAGCCCACAGAGCUUUUCCCACCCCUGGCUCAGCUGCCCGGCCCCGUCCAUGAGAAGUGCAUGGUGCCAUCUUCCGCCGACUGCUUGGGGGACACCCAGCUGGAGAGCGUGGCCAGGGAGAACGAGCCGGAGCUGGAAGCCGGGCCCCUGGCACCAGAGGAUGACCUGGAGGGGGUGGUGGAGGCCGCGGCCUGCUUCUCCUACACGGGCCGUAUGGCCCAGGAGCUGACCUUCCAGCGAGGGGUUGUGCUGCGCCUGCAUGCCCACGCCUCGGGCAACUGGUGGCGCGAGGAGCACGUGGGCACACGGGGGCUCAUUCCCCACAAGUGCAUCAGCCUGCCCACCAGAGCGGAGAAGCACCUGGUGGGUCAGGGGCCACUGGCUGUAGGGGAGCUGCUAAGCAGCCCAGAAGUCCUUCUGGCAGAGUCCAUCAGUCGGCCAGAGCCCUGCACCCCACUCGAGGCCACGGGCCCUUUUGGGCACAGAUGGCACUGCCCGGUCCCGAGCUCCCUGGAGAGACACGUGGAGGUGGAUAAGGCCGUGGCACACACCAUGGACUCCGUGCUUAAGGCGCUCUUGGGGAAGACCAGUCCCUGCCAGGGUCUCGGGCCAGCGUCCCCCAGUUCCCCCAGCCCUGGGCCCCACAGCCCACAGCCUGGGGCCUCCAGCCGCCCCAGCAGGAACAGAGGCUUCUUCUGAGGCCCCGGGAGCCUGGCCUCCCCAUCGACGGCUCGUCCCCCGGGACCAUACCUCAAUCCACACUGAGCCCCGAGAGAGGCGGUGGAAGGGACCCCGUGGCCGCGCUCCCAGCAGCCCUCGGAGAGACUGGCCACUGUGCCAGGGGCUCCCUGGCUUCUCCCUGGCCCUGCUCCUGACCCUUGGCUGAGAGGAGGAGGCCGAUCCCCAAACAGGGUUCCCCGGGCCCCCGUCCCUGCCCGUCCUCGGACUGGCUCGUCCCCCCGGGAGGGUGCGUGCCGGGCAGGCUGUGACACCCACUCAUAAAGGCCUCUGCGUUCACCCCCGGCCAGCCGCUCUCUGUCGUGGUUGGGCGUUGAGGGGGUGGCUGGGCAGGUGGGGACAGGGCCAGCCACCUGGCACUUCCUGGUUGGGCACAGGCGGCAGCUUGGGCAGCCGGGAAGGCCUCCCCCUCUCCCCACCCUAGGUCCCCCAAAUCCCCAGAGUUGCUCCCACACCCACUGCUACCCUCAAGCAAGGAGACCCCUCACCGCAUGAGAAGAAGCUGGAAAUUUUAUUAUGGGGGGUAAAGGGGGAGAUUAGAGAGGCUUAGAAAGGAAGGUCUGUGGCAACACACUCCUCCUUCCUCCUGGGCUCCCCCCCAACCCCCAGGGACCUCCUUACCCGGCGGGCACGGUGUCACACUGCAGCCCCCUGCCAUGCCCCUUAGACCCUGGAGCCCCAAGGCCAGAGCCGGGCUGGCAAGGCCCGAGAGUGCCAAGGCUUGCCCAGGGCCACACAGCAAGGCAGUGACGGGGCCCCGGGCUCUGGCCAAACCCCAGUGGACCCCACCCCUGGUUUCCAGGGCCAACGCCAGACAGCAGAGCCUCAUGGAGCCUCUGGAAGGAAGGGGCUCCUCAGGAAGAGGGGUCCUUGGCCAGGGAGGAGCUGACAGUGGCCCAGGACUCAUCGUGGGGGGGCUGGGC